AUGGAGCCGUAUGCCGACGAGUUAUUCUGGUUGGUAAUAUGUGGGUUCGUGGUGGCAUUUAUAUUGGCGUUCGGGAUUGGUGCCAAUGAUGUGGCCAAUUCAUUCGGGACAAGCGUUGGAUCGAAGGUGUUAACUUUAACGCAGGCAUGCCUGCUUGCCACUGUUUUCGAGAUCGCCGGCGCAGUUCUUAUUGGUUACAAAGUAUCAGACACGAUGCGCAAGGGCAUACUCGACGUGAACCUUUACACCAAUGGAGGUGAGCGUCUUUUGGCUGCGGGCUGUCUGGCUGCCCUGAUAGCUAGCGCAGCGUGGCUUAUAGUGGCUACAGCCUUAAAACUGCCCGUGUCUGGCACACAUUCCGUUGUUGGUGCCACCGUGGGAUUUACUUUGACUGCGAAAGGACCUGUUGGUGUUAGAUGGUCUACGCUUGGAGCUAUUGUGCUGUCCUGGUUUAUAUCGCCAGCGCUAAGUGGAGCGGUGUCAGCUAUUCUGUAUUGGCUGGUUCGGCGGUUCAUUCUGCGUGUGCCGGAGCCGCUCAAUGCUGGACUACGCGCGCUGCCGUUCUUUUAUGGCGCCACUGUUGCUGUUAACGUGCUGAGCGUUGUGCACGAUGGGCCUAAGUUAUUAGCAAUGGAUAAGAUCCCAUUGUUGGUCGCGCUUGCGGGAUCCGUGGCUCUAGGAGCACUUGUAGCCGGUCUGGUGCGUGCCAUUCUCGUGCCCUACUAUAAGCGGAGGCUGUCGUCUGCACCAGUCAAUUUCACUCUCGGAGUCUCCAACGAAACGACACCAGCGAACACACCAACACAUUCCAAUAAGAACAAUGUAACCCAGCGUCCUACCUCUAUGCUCUCUGACGACGGCAAAGUGCUCGAAGUAAUAGCCGAAAGUUCCGAAAUGGUCACCCUUAGCGAAGCCGAUAAAGUGUCCAUUGGAGUACGUGAAAUGAACGCACGGAAUCGAGCCUUGCUUGCAACCAUGGACGACUGUAGUAUCCUCUCCAGAAGUUUAAGUCCACCUAACAAAUCAAGACUACAGUUGGUCGAUGCCGAUCCCCAAAUAAACACUCUUAAGUACAUCGAUGAAACUUUAAGUUGUUGCAAGAGUCUUGAUUCCACACACAUGGCUGGAAUGGGGGAGAGUUACGAUUCGAAAAAUGGAUUUUUAGGCGAUUCGUAUGAUACAAUAGCUAGAGUGGAUUUUGAUCGACUUGCUGCGACUAGAGCUAUCCCGAAUAAUGUGGAAUUUGAUACGCCACCCACUAGAUUUGAAAAGGAACCGGACGGCAGCAGCGCUUGGAGUAUCGAUUGCGAUGGACCAACUCGCCUACCGGCCAUCACGCCUAAUUCCAGCGCCGUACCACUACUUCGCACGGCCCACACACCACCGCCCGUACCACCCGCACUACCCCCUCCGGACACACUGCGAUUAUUUUCCUUCUUACAAGUGCUUACUGCUACUUUUGGCGCCUUUGCUCAUGGUGGCAAUGAUGUCAGCAACGCCAUCGGGCCUCUAGUAGCCCUAUGGCUUUUAUACUCCGAGGGCGGAGCGCACGCGCGGGCAGAGACACCCUUAGCGAUCCUCGUGUUUGGUGGAGUUGGUAUCGCUCUAGGCCUUUGGCUGUGGGGGCGUAGAGUCAUACAGACUGUUGGAGAGGAUCUUACAAGCAUAACUCCAGACACGUGA